AUGAUUGAAUGUACAGAUAAGAUAAAAAAAAGGAAUAAUAAUAAUAAUAAUAAUAAUAAUAGUAGUAGUAAUAAUAUAGAUAAUAAAAGUGAAUAUGAUAUAAAUUCAAAAGAAAAUUAUAAUGAUAUUGAUGAUGAUAAUAAAAAUAAUAAUAAAAUCUCAAAACCAAUUAUAUUAAAGAAGAAAAGACAUCCAUUAAUAACCACAUUAAGAUAUGUAGCGAUAUUUUUAAUAUUUUUCUUAUUAACAAGUGAAUAUCUUGUACAAUUUGUACAUGUUGAAGCAGUACCAUUAAAUAAGGGUAAAUUUAGUCAUAUAAAUUCAAAUGUAUCAGAUCCAAGGGAUUACAAUGCCCUUAGAAUUCAAUACUCUACAAAUUAUCACGAAAUUACAAGUGAUCAUUUAUUUAAUAUGUUAAAUAAUAGAUCAAGGGAUAUAACUGUUUCAUCUUCAAAUGAUUUUAAUAAUAAUAAUAAUAAUAAUAAUAAUAAUAAUAAUAAUAAUAAUAAUAUUAUUUAUGAUGAAAAUAUCAUUAAUAAUGGUAUUGACAAUAAUAAAUUAACAAGUGAAGAAAAAGAAAAAGAAAAAGAAAAAGAAAAAGAAAAAGAAAAAGAAAAAGAAAAAGAAAUAAAAGAGAAAAAUUUAAAAAUUUUUAGAGAAUACAAUUUAACUGAAGAUUAUUAUACAAAUAUAUUAAACUCAAAUACAACUUACAUUUUAUUUCUUUAUCACAUGGAUUGUCCAUUUAGUCAAAGACUAUUACCAAUUAUAGAGACAUUAUCAAGAACUUAUCCAAAUAUUAUAUUUUUUCAAUCAAGAGGAUUUACUGUUAUUUUAAAAUCGCAUUUUCAUACAAGAACAACACCAACUUUAUUCAUAAGAGUUAAUGAUACAUUGGUUAAAUAUAAGGGUAGAAAAGAUUUAGUUUCAAUUGGAAAGUGGAUUUCAAAAAAUUCAAAUCAAAUACCAUUAGAGGUUGAACCAAAUGUAGAUAUAGAAUUAUCAAAAGAAAUUAGAGUCGAUAGAGGUUACCUUUUAUACUUUAGUUGUAUUUAUGUUUCCUUUUUAAUCUUUUGUUCAAUUAAACGUUGGUUUAAAAAAUAUCAAAAUUUAAAAACUGAUUAA